AAGGGCAGACUAGAAGCUCUAAAACUGCGCAGAGAAUCUGAUACAUUACAACAAAGCCUAGAAUCAUGAGCACUGCAGGGAAAGUUUGGGAUGCAUGCAGCCCUCCGAACAAUGUUAGACUGCAACACCCAUGAGCCCUAACCAGCAUUGCCAAUGAUCAUCAAGUGCAAAGCAGCUAUAGUCUGGGAACCUAAGAAACCAUUUAGCAUUGUGGAAAUAGAAGUGGCUCCACCAAAAGCACAUGAAGUUCGCAUUAAGAUACUGGCUUCAGGAAUCUGUCGUUCAGACGACCAUGUACUGACUGGUGCAAUACACGUGAACUUUCCUAUUAUUCUUGGUCACGAAGCAGCUGGUGUCGUGGAGAGUAUUGGGGAAGGAGUUACUAGUGUGAAGCCAGGAGACAAAGUCAUUCCACUCUUUCUCCCUCAAUGUGGAAAAUGCAGUCCUUGCAUACAUCCCAAAGGCAAUUGCUGCAAAAAAGCUGACUUUGGAGUACCUACUGGACUGAUGUACGAUGGCACCAGCAGGUUCACUUACAAAGGACAACCAAUCUACAAGUUUAUUGGCACUGGCACUUUUACCGAAUACACUGUAGUCCAUGAAGAUUCUGUGGCCAAAAUUGAUGCUGCUGCUCCUCCUGAGAAAGUGUGUCUGAUUGGCUGUGGAUUUUCCACUGGCUAUGGUGCUGCCAUUAAUUCUGCAAAGGUGGAGCCUGGCUCUACCUGUGCCGUUUUUGGACUGGGAGGAGUUGGCCUUUCAGCAGUGAUGGGUUGUAAGGCAGCUGGAGCCUCCCGAAUUAUCGGGGUUGACAUCAACAAGGAUAAAUUUCCCAAAGCUAAAGAACUGGGAGCCACCGAGUGUGUCAACCCCCUGGAUUUCAAGAAGCCCAUCAAUGAAGUGCUGUUUGAUAUGACUAAUGGGGAUGGUGUUGAUUAUUCGCUUGAAGUGAUUGGGCGUACUGACACUAUGACUGCCGCAAUGGCUUCAUGCAACAUGAACUAUGGCACAAGUGUGAUUGUGGGAGUGCCUCCUGAAGUGUCAGAGAUUACUUUCUCCCCUUCACUUAUCUUCACUGGCCGCACUUGGAAAGGAUCUAUAUUUGGAGGCUGGAAAAGCAAAGAUUCAGUCCCAAGACUGGUUUCCGAUUUCAUGCAGAAAAAGUUUACUUUAGAUCCACUCAUUACCCACACCAUGCCCUUGGACAAAAUCAAUGAAGGGUUUGAACUGCUCCGGGCAGGGAAAAGUAUUCGUAGUGUUCUGGUGUUUUAAAAAAAUCCAGUCGUGAAGAAAGUGACAGUGGCCCCUGCAAACUGAAUUCUCCCAGAUCACCUGACCACACAAUUCAUAAUGGGACAUCUUUGGAAAGAACUGGAUUCUACUAUGUUGCCUGUAGCACUGCUAUUUUAUCAGCUUGUAGAGUGAUCCCAAGAUAAUUACAUUUGUAUUGUAAUUACAAUGUUAAAUACAAUAUAGUCUUGUCCUGUAAUUCCUGCUUUCAGUACUCCAGAAACAAUGUUCAAUGAUACAACAAUGAGAAGAAUAAUCAUACAUUUCAAAACUGAACAGUUUAUGCUGGACUCCUGUUGGUGCAUUAAUCCAGUGUAACAAUGCUUUUGGCAAAAACAGAUUGUAGUGUUCACAUGUGUUCCUUUAAAAUAAUGGAAGUGGAAGCAAUGAUGUCAAUGAGGCAAGGUUCAGUAGGAGGAGAAAGGAGAGGCCUCAAGCUUUUAAUUUUUUUUUAAAAUAAAAUUUUAAAUUUUAAUUUAACAAUAUCUAUAUAUUAUUUUUAAUUUUUCUUUUGAAAUAUCACAUCUUAUCUAAUUUUCACUUUCACCACAUGAAACUAUGUAUACGGAAAUACAUUUAGGCUUUGAUAUUGUAAUUUAAAGAUAUAAUUUUAAUUUUGCUAGUUGUUUAUGCUACAACAUAAUGGUACACAGGAAUUACAAUUUAUGAGUAAUAUUAGUACAAAAACAUUACAUAGGAUUCUGAAUGGUGUGGUAUGGGAGAAGGUCUAGUUUAUUCAUAAUUAACGAAAUGUAAUGAUACUAUUCUACUAAGUUUCCUAUGUCUGGCUAAGGUUGUUGUCUCUGUUUCGGAAACCCUACAUGCCAUUGUUGUUGUAGUAGUGUGCCUCCAAGUCAUUUUUGAUUGAUGGUGACUCCAAGGUGAACUUGACUUAUGGUGACCCUAUCAUAUGGUUUUCUUGGCAAGUUUCUUCAGGUUUGCCAUUGCCAUCCUCUGAAACUGAGAGUGUGAUUUGACCAAGGUCACCCAGUAAGUUUUUAUGCUUGAGCAGGGAUUCAAACCCAUAGUCCAAUGUUCAAACCAUUUACACAGUCUCAAAUGAUUGCACAUCAGCUCAUGAGUCUUCUCGGUAUGUGCAGACAAAAAUACGCAAACAGAAACAUUUGAAACCAUCAGAUCCAUUCAACAUAAAAAAAUACUACAAAUAACACAAGGAAUGGAGGUGGGCAGCUCACUUGAUAUUAAAGUCACAGUGAUCAGAGUCUUAGGGUCCUUUCACAUUACACACUGAUUCCACAUCAAGAAGUCUCUGCCCAAGAAAGAAGGAGAAUCAGUUGUUGCUAUGACUUUAUUCAUUAAUUUAAAACAUUGAAAUAUUGGGGAAACAGGCUAGUUGCAUGUGAAAUAAAUAAACUUUGGCAGCACAUUUUGGCUCCUAUAAGAAAAUGGGAAAUGUAGAAAUGUACUACCAUAAGGAAAGCCUUGAGGCUUUUGCAUACAAGGUUAUAACUGUAAAAGCCAUACUGCAACUAAAAUCAGACUUACUUCCAA